AAGAAAGGGUUAAACGUCUGAAUUGCCACACGACCUGAGUCCCUCCCACUGAGGAAGUGCACCUGAGGGAUUUUUGCUGUUCAGUUACAGUGCAGGACACGGUAACUCUUGUACAUACAAAGGUAUAAAUUCAUUUCAUUUGUCUCUCACAGCAGUUAGGGAGACUGGAAACUUCUGUUGGAGAGUUGUGUUGACACAUCAGGAUUAAUUUCGGUCAGGAUUCUGGUUCAGGCUGUCAAGAGUUUUCAGAACAGUGAAAGUGAAAGUAGAAACAGUGUAUAUUAGAACAACUAAAACGACUAGAGAAAUGGCUUCCAUGAGUGUGUCAGAGGACGAUUUGUCCUGUCCUGUGUGCUGUGAAAUCUUCAAGGAUCCAGUCAUUCUGACCUGCACUCACAGCAUCUGUAAAGUCUGUCUGAAGACAUUCUGGGAAACCAAAGGAUCCAGAGAAUGUCCAGUAUGCAGGAGAAGAUCCUCCAAAGAAAUGCCUCCUCUUAACCUGCAUCUGAAGAACCUGUGCGAGAAUUUCCCAAAGGGAAGAAGUCGGAAAGAACCUAUCUGCAGUCUUCACCAUUCAGAACUCAAGCUGUUCUGUGAAGAUGACAAACAGCUUGUGUGUCUGGUGUGCCGAGACUCAAAACACCACACAAACCACAAAUUUAGUCCCAUUGAUGAAGCAACACUUGAUCGCAAGGAAGAGCUGAUGGUCAAACUACAGCCCUUACAAAACAAGCUGGAUAUAUUUAAAAAGGCUAAAGAAACCGGUGAUGAAACUGCCCAACACAUUACAGUCCAGGCCCAACACACAGAGAGGCAGAUCAAGCAGGAGUUUGAGAAGCUUCACCAGUUUCUACGAGAUGAAGAGGCAUCCAGGAUAGCUGCACUGAAGGAGGAAGAGGAGCAGAAGAGUCAGAUGGUGAAGAAGAAAAUUGAGAAGAUGAGCAGAGAGAUCUCAUCUCUUACAGACACCAUCAGAGCCAUAGAGAAGGAGAUGGGAUCUGAUGAUGUCUCAUUCCUGCAGAACUACAAGAGCACAGUGGAAAGAGCCCAGUGCACACUGCAGGAUCCAGAGAGGGUUUCAGGAGCUCUGAUCAAUGUGGCAAAACACCUGGGCAACCUAAAGUUCAGAGUCCGGGAGAAGAUGCAGGAGAUUGUUCACUACACUCCUGUGAUUCUGGAUCCCAACACUGCACACUCAGCACUCAUCCUGUCUGAGGAUCUGACCAGUGUGAGAUACAGUGGGUGGCAGCAGCUUCCUGAUAACCCAGAGAGAUUUGAUACGUAUGCCUGUGUCCUGGGCUCUGAGGGCUUUGACUCAGGGACUCACUGCUGGGAUGUGGAGGUUAGAAACGGUACAGUCUGGUACCUGGGAGUGAAGACAGAGUCUGGGGAGAGGAAGGGAGAGAGUUGCCAUAAUAGUGGAGUCUGGAGAGUGCGUCAUCAUUAUGAUGGUAAUUACAUAGCACGCUCCCCAUCCCAGCCAGACACCCUCAUCACAGUGCAGCAGAACCCCCAGAGGAUCAGAGUGCAGCUGGACUGGGACAAAGGAAAACUCUCCUUCUCUAACCCUGAUAAUAACACACACUUACACACUUUCACACACACUUUCACUGAGAAACUGUUUCCAUUCAUUCUCAUGAACUCAUCUAUGAGUAUCUCACCAGUGAAGGCUGCAGUAUCAGUAGAGCAGCUCAGGUAGAGCUAUUCACCUGUUGCACUAUCAGCUCAGGUAGAGCUAUUCACCUGUUGCACUAUCAGCUCAGGUAGAGCUAUUCACCUGUAGCAGGAGGGAAACACUGAACAUGAUGCUCAGGAAAACUCAUUGUAUUUGUGAAAUAGUUCACACCAAAUCAAAACAUAUAACUGGGUGAUUUAUUUUUAUUUUCUUGAACUUACCAGAACACUCACAACAGUUUCACAAAUCUUUAAACUUUUAACUUCAGUCAGCCUGUUCAUUUAAUGUGUAAACCCACUUUACAACAUUAGGUCUUGUAAGGGUCCUAAAUCCCCGGCUGAUGAUAAUCCAUCUUAUGUGGACUUUUGAUCAGAUACUCUGCUUCAUCAUGGAAGUGUCAACAGGGGAAGUUAACUAGGAACAGGGAAUAUAAAUCAAAUGUAUGUUAUGUAUUGUCAUGUCUUGAUUGAUUCGCUCUAACGGUCUCACCAGAGCGGGUCUCACUAUAACAAUGGUCUCAGUCUCAUCAACAACUCACCAUGUGAUCCCUAUCCAUAACCAAUCACAAACUGAGUAGCCUAUUUAAUGGAUGUUGACACCAUGUUCUAGGAGCCAUUCUCAAAACUCACACACCCCAGGUGUAGCCGUUAUACUCCGAGUUGGGUACUGCAUGUUCACUCUCUGAUUGUUUUGUAUGAUCUCUCAAGUAUUCCUUUAGCCUAUUUUGUAACUGCACAUUUUACAGUAACUUGUACAUUUUGGAACUUUUAAUCGUGUGGCGGCGACAUCAAAGAUUUUCACAACUCUCUCUUUCUACGGCUCUGCUCUGCUCCACAUAGCCUUCCUGUAUUACUUGACAAUAUUGCACAAUAGGUAACGGUGUGCCACAAUGAACGACUAGGAUUACUGGUAUCACAGCCGUGUAAGCUGCUGUUGCCAUGGCUGCAGCAACUCGAGCUAUACUGUUGGUAGAACUUAUUUUUGUUGUUUCUUUUCAUAUCGAAAGUACUCAGUGACCCCGGGAAACAGAUCUAUGUGAAAAAGCAACCUGCAAAAAAUCUGCAACCCUGUAUGUGUUCUGGCCUCCAUCUUUAUGGCCAUAAAAGACUCUUGAUUGGCUUCAUGCAUCUGUGACAUUACCUUUUGUUGUUUGUAAUACAGUAUUGUUAUUAUGUUAUUAGAUCGUACUGUAUGUAUUACAGUAUAUGCAUUUA